GACAUGCAUUCAGGAAAUUGGAAGGGGAAGGGACUUGUAGCUACAAUGGGAAUGCUGGUAGUCCUAGUCCUGCUAGGCACCUUGUGUGUCGCAAGUCACUCAGCCCCAACAUCCCUUAAGACUCCUAUGACUAUCGUAUUCCCAGGAGAAAUCCGCAGCAACUUAACUGACCUGGAGAGUGCUGAGAAAUAUCUAGCGCGAUAUGGGUACCUUCCAUUAGAAAAUGGUGAACAACGACACACCUCCAUAAAAAAGUCCCUUCUAAAGAUGCAGCAAAAGUUGGGGCUUCAAGAAACAGGUGAACUAGACUCAGAAACUAUGAAGGCCAUAAAGACCCCUCGCUGUGGAGUGCCUGAUGUGGGAAAGUUCCAGACAUUUGAAGGAGACUUGAAGUGGGAUCAUAAUGAUAUAACAUACAAGAUCCUGAACUAUUCCCCUGAUCUUGACCCUGAGGUGACGGAUGAUGCCUUUGCUCGUGCCUUUAAAGUUUGGAGUGAUGUGGCACCACUAACCUUUACACGAAUUUACAACGGGGAACCCGACAUAAACAUUUUGUUUGGGUCUGACAAUCAUGGCGAUCCAUACCCUUUUGAUGGGAAGGAUGGACUUCUAGCUCAUGCCUAUCCACCAGGCGCUGGCGUGUAUGGAGAUGCCCAUUUUGAUGAUGAUGAAUUCUGGACCCUUGGGACUGGAGUGGUGGUGAAGACUCAUUUUGGUAAUGCAGAUGGCGCACUGUGUCAUUUUCCAUUCACAUUUGACGGUCAGUCCUAUUCCUCCUGUACAAGUGCCGGGCGAUCAGAUGGCCACCUCUGGUGCAGUACAACAUCCAACUUUGACAAAGACAAAAAAUACGGCUUCUGCCCAAGCGAGUUGCUAUACACAUAUGAUGGAAACGGUGAAGGUCAGCCCUGUGUCUUCCCAUUUAUUUUUGAGGGGAAAUCCUAUUCUUCAUGUACUACUGAAGGGCGUUCAGAUGGAUAUCGCUGGUGCAGUACCACAGCCAAUUUUGACAAAGAUGUUAAAUACGGUUUCUGUCCCAACAGAGACACAGCUGUUGUUGGCGGUAACUCACAAGGCGACCCUUGCAUUUUCCCCUUUACGUUCCUGGGGGCAACCUACAACCAGUGCACCACCGAAGGUCGACAGGAUGGGAAGUCGUGGUGUGCUACUACAUCCAGCUAUGACCGCGACAGAAAAUGGGGAUUCUGCUCAGACAAAGGUUACAGCCUCUUCCUGGUGGCAGCGCAUGAAUUUGGUCAUGCAUUAGGUCUUGAGCACAGCAGUAUCCAAGAUGCAUUAAUGUAUCCUAACUACAGGUAUGAGAGCGACUUCCACCUUCACCCUGACGACAUUGAAGGGAUCCAGUAUUUGUAUGGUCCUAAAACUGGUCCAAAUCCAACUCCACCACAGCCCACCAAGAAACCGAAAACAACUCCAUCACCUACCACCACUGCUACGGCAACUACUACUGAAAGUGUGGAGCCUUCUGAUUCCCCAGUAGACCCAACACAAGACCCCUGUCAAGUGAAGGAAUUUGAUGCCAUUGCGGAAUUACAAGGCGUGCUCCACCUAUUUAAGGAUGGAUUGUACUGGACGCUACCUGCCAGUGGGCCCCCUAAAUCUCCUAAGAAGAUCUCAGACACUUGGCCUGAACUUCCUGCCAACAUUGACUCAGCAUUCCAGGAUCCCCAAAGCAAGAAGAUGUUCUUUUUCUCAGGACGCAAAUUCUGGCAGUACACAGGAAGCAGUGUUUUGGGACCACGAAGUCUUGAUAAGCUGGGCUUUGGCAAGGAUGUGGAUAAAAUCUUGGGAGCUAUUACAAGGGAUAAUGGGAAAGUCCUGUUAUUCAACGGUGAAAGAUAUUGGAGGCUUGAUGUGAAGGCUCAGGCUGUGGAUAAGGGUUACCCACGCAACACCGGUGAAGAUUAUGCAGGUGUUCCCAGUGAUUCUCAUGACAUCUUUGUCUACAAAGGUAAAUACUACUUCUGCCAGGAUAAGUUCUUCUGGCGCAUGACAUGGCGCAAGCAAGUGGAAAAGGUCGGAUACGUGAAAUACGACAUCGUCCGCUGCCCAGAGAACAAUUAAAGCAGCAGCGAAAAUGUGAAGAUGAGAAAUGAGGAAACGACAGGCACCAGCUUGGAUUGGAAGACUUCAGAUGUGAACCUUUUGAUCCUGCCCCUUCUUCAUUUCAGCCCCUUUACUUCUGUGGUUGUAAAAGGAAAUUGUUACUGUUCAGGCACUGUAGACAUGGUCUCCAUGUUGCAUCCCCCUUAGGGAAGUGAAUGUGUGUGUGAGUUCCCAGGCCUGCCUGGCGCAGGUUUCCAGAGAGCAGUGUGACAGAUGAUGACUUGUGGCGCUAGCAAAAUGCGACAAGGUGACCUUUCAGAGAUUUCUUUAAUAUAUUAUUUGCUUUUUCUAAUAAAUACUGUUCUUCCUUGA